UUCCCGUUCACCAGCUAGCCACUUUCCCUGCAUCAGCCCUGCAGCAAACCUUUGACAUCAUCCCAAAGUUCGCGGGGUCGAACGCGAUCUCUUGCAUGCACCAUCGUCAAGCGUGGUUUUUUCGCAGCUAGUCUGCAAUUAUUACUUCAUUAUCUCCAGCCUCUGCCAUUGUUGAAGCUGGGCUCUGUCGUUCUUUUUCCUUGAAGUUUCGACCUGUCCCACCUAUCUUUCUUUGUUCUUUCCUCGGCUGGCACCUUGACGACUUCCCAACGAACGACACUAUUACGCGACGCGACGCGACGAAACGAUGGACGAGGCACGAUACCGCGAGUUGAAAGAAAAGAUGGCAGCUUUGAAGAGCUUAUAUGCCAGUCGACACUAUUCACAAUGCGCCAAAUUUGGCGAACUGUUGUUGAGCGAAAUACAUGAUCAGACGCACCCUCUCCACCUGGCACAUCUGAACUUCUACACAGCACUUUCUCACGACACUCUGGCCCGAGAAGCAACACUAAAGAACCGCUGGAAGGAGCUCAGUCUGGCAGAACUGCACUACAACACCGCCAUCCUCGCUCUUUCCUCACUCCAAUCACCAACACAAUGCGAUCCCUGGUCCCCGAACUCAUCAAUAUCCGCCCUACCAUCUCCAUACUCGUGCCGACGCAGCUCCAUAUAUUCAAACAGGAGCGUAGCAUCCAGCGCCACAUCGCUCGGCGACGAAGAUGACUACCUAUACAUGUCACCAAAGAAACCCAUACCACAGGCCUCUGACGAGACCCUUCCCAGAACCAAAAGUCAUGCUGUAACGACAACAGCAACGCCCCGACCCCAAACACCCCAGCAGUUCUACUUCGCCGCCAACAUCGCAUCGUUCGUGCGCAUGAUCGAGGACCACCUCGCUGACGUGCGGGAGCAGAAGCAUAGGACGAGUGUGCCGACGGUGCGCUUUACAAUGCCGAGUCCGAGACCGUCGCCGACCAAAGCUAAAGCUGCGAGGCAUAGUCGGUCGAUCAGUGUCGAUGAAGUGGAAGACGACGAUGCUGCCGUGGAAGCUGCGAGGGAGAGUCGGAGGAAUAUCAAGUUUCGGCCACGCUUUGAUCCGAGCAGUGUGCAGACACUGUGUUGUGAGGCGCUUGCUGAGCUGGAGGACUGAACCUGCCAACAUGAGCUUGUGAGGACUGUGCAUUUGUUCUAUUUCGUUGCCCCGUUUUGAGAGGGAGAUGCUGUGGCUCUUCUGCUCUGUUCGCAUGUUGCGGAUCUACGUUUCUACGAUUGUUCAUCUUUGUGCCAUUUGCACGGUGAGCGUUUUUGCUGGCUGUUGACAACCAGUUUUCUCUUCACCACUUGUAUUAGUAUUCGUAAUGUAGCAUAGUUCGAGAAGUAUGACCAGACUGCAUAAGACAGCACAGAGAAUGUAGAAUCAAGACGUCCAAGAUUCAAUCGAU